AUGACUUCACGCCGUUCGAGCGAGGGUUUGCGGGACCUGCCGUCACGGGAAGAAGAUAUGGCCGUUGAGGUAUUUCGUGGUGUCGGGGCGGUUUCGGAGGUAGUAACAUGGUUGCUCAUGAAUGGCCAGAUAUUUGCGGAGACGGAUCUUGUCGUCGGCGAGACGGCCAGUCGAUUUGUCUAUUGGGCCAUGAUAUGCGGUGGCGUCGUCCAUGGGAGUUUUGUUGUGGACGCAUUGGCAAAACUUCCGGAAGGCUUUAUGGUGAAUCGCAGCUUGGUGCUUAGCGCAUUGAUACAGUCCGUCAAGGCGGGGAAGGCAAUCCAGCUUCAAACAAAUGCUUUUCGCACUCGCCAAGAGGUUGUCGGCGGGGUUCCGACCCAGACUUUGCAUCCAGUGGUAGAAGUCAUAUUGCAAACUUGUGGAGGAGGAGGUGAGGCAUUGGUGGUAUUUGCGCGAUGUGGGAUUGAGGGGUGCGGACGGCAGCUGGCUGCAGAACAGGUGUGCAAUAGUCACGACUCUGAAGCUGAGACAGUAGGGCAACGAGAGCGAGAUGUGUUGUCAUAG